AUUUUGUUCAGUGCGAAAUAAGAAAAUCAAGUGAAAAAUUAUGUUAAUCUACAAAAUAUUUUUACUUACAAUAUUACACGCUGUUUACAGCGAAAAUAUUAAUUGUGUUAAUUUAAAUGAUUUCUAUAAUUAUAACCAAUCAGUUACAAUUGAUGGUGAUCCAAUUCCAACAAUAUCAUACGUAAGUCGAACAGAUUGGAUUGCACAACCUCCAAAUGAUGAAUUAGUAGAUUUAAUAUUACCAGUACAUCGAAUUAUUAUAGCUCAUACAGCAACAGAACCAUGUACAACACUAGCACAGUGCGUAUUUAGAACACGAGAUAUUCAAACAUUUCAUAUAGAAGCACGAGGAUUUGAUGAUAUAGCAUAUAAUUUUUUGAUUGGUGGGGACGGUUUAAUAUACAUUGGCCGUGGAUGGAAUAAAAUAGGAGUUACUACCAAAGGUUUUAAUAAUGACAGUUUAUCUAUAGGUUUGAUUGGAUCAUUCUCUUCAGUUGCGCCACCUGAAAUUCAAAUAAAUGCUGUUAAAUUUCUUAUAAGAGAAGGUUUAAAAACUGGUAAAAUUUCGUAUGAUUUUAAAUUGUAUGGUCAAAAUCAAUUAAUUAAUACAACAAGUCCUGGUGAAAAAUUAAUAAAAAUAAUUAAAACAUGGCCAAAUUUUGUUACUGAUGUUAAUUCAGGUUCGCAAAAUGUUACAUUUUGCAAAACUCAAAGUCAACAAGAUUCUUCAUUUAAACUUAUAACUAGAAAAAAUUGGUUGGCUCAACCACCAUCUUCUCUACUUAGUGAUUUAGUUCAUCCAACUAAAUAUGUGAUAAUCUCUCAAACAGCAACUGAUACUUGCGAUACUCAGUCUGAGUGUAUAUUUCGAGUUCGUUUGAUUCAAGCACUUCAUAUGGAAUCUAGAUGGUAUGAUGAUAUUUCUUAUAAUUUUCUAAUUGGUGGUGAUGGAUCAGUUUAUGAAGGUCGCGGGUGGGACAAAGUUGGUGUUCAUACAAGAGGUUAUAAUCAAAUAAGCAUCGGUAUUGCAUUCAUCGGCAAUUUUAAUGAAAUCGAACCUAAUAAAAAUCAAUUAGAAGCAGCUAAAUUAUUGAUUGAUGAAGGUGUUCGUAAAGGCAAAUUAAGUUCCGAUUAUAUUUUAAAAGGUCAAAAACAAUUCGCAGCAACAGAAAGUCCUGGAUUAGCUUUAUUGAAUAUUAUAAAAACUUGGCAGCAUUACUGUGAUGAUGAUAAUUGCGACUAUUCCUCUAACAAGACGCCAAAAUAUAUAUCUCGAUUAAUGUGGAAUGCACAAGAACCAACCGACUUAUUAGAUAAUCUUACAUUACCUGUUCAUAAAGUUAUUAUAGCACAUACUGCAACAAAAUCAUGUGAUGAACAAACUAAAUGCAUACAACUUGUUAAAUCUAUUCAAAAUUAUCACAUAAAUUCAAAAAAUUUUCAUGAUAUAGCGUACAAUUUUUUAAUAGAUAGUAAUGGUUUUGUAUAUGAAGGCCGUGGUUGGAAUAUUGCUGGUGCACAUACAAGGGGUUUCAAUGAGGAAAGCAUAGGUAUAGCUUUAAUUGGAACUUUUACAAAAAAUACACCAACAGCAAAUCAAUUAAAUGCAACCAAAUUAUUAAUAAAUGAAGGUGUGAAAUUAGGAAAAUUAAGUUCUAAUUAUGUUUUAUACGGUCAUAGACAAUUAGUACCAACUGAAAGUCCAGGAAAUAAUUUAUUCAAUGAAAUUUCAACCUGGCCAAAUUUUGUGACAAAUUUUAAUCCUAAAGGAGAAAAAAUAACAUAAAAUCUAUGGAAGAAGUUGAGUAAUUUAAUAAAAAUUAAAAUAAAUAGA